AUGUUUUCUUCCAAGAAGCCCAAGUUCAAGCUUGAUUUUUCCAUCAAAGAGCUCUCAAAUAUCCCGCAUACCACUGGCUACUGCUAUGUGGAAGUUUUUGUCCAGGACUCCAAGCUGGGGCUCCGUGCUGCCCUUUCUCUGUGGAAACCAGUGGGGAAGGGAGAUGACUCGGCUAAUGACCCGGAAUCACGGUCUGUGUCGUCGACAUCGGGACAUAUCCAUGUGAGAACGUCCAAGCGGAAGAUUCACAGCUUCAAGUGUCAGUUCAACUAUCAUGUUUCGUGUAACUUGCGGUUCCCAUACAAGAAGAAGGAGAACAUGAUUGGUGAUAAGUUUCUCUUGCUUCGAGUACAUUACAUGGGGGAGAAGACGUCCAAGUUUGAGAACGGGACGGAAUUGGGUAGAGUGGAGCUUAACUUGGCGGAAUACUUGAACUUUUCAGGCCCAGUCACUGCCAAGUACUUGCUUCAGGACUCUAGGGUGAACUCCAUCUUGAGCUUCAGCGUGGGCUUGAAGGAGCUUCCCUCGGACUUUGAAUUCAGUACCCAGCUUCAGAUUGAUGAUCAGCAUCACACUGCAAACUCGGGUUCCAGUACAAGCCAGCUGCUUGGCCAGAAGGGCAGCGACUCGAGCUUUAAGGUUCCACAGUUCCUGAGAAAGGCUGUGCUUGGUGGAAUUGAUGGAGUGAUCAACUCUCAAAGCUCCCAGGGGUCUCAGCAACAGUCUAGUGAUGAAGACCUGCGAGGCACUUCAUCAAAGAGAGAUUCAGGCAAGGAAACGCCUAAUGAACAGAAGAAGGAAUCGCUUAACCAAAAGGGCAACCCAAGGCAAACCUACGAUAAUAUCAUUAUGGAUCCAAUUGUUAGUGGGCUUUAUAAGAAUGUGUUAGAGUCCGCAUGGGACCCUGAAAUGCAAGAAAUGCUCAAAUACCCACCUGAAAAGGUGGUUGAGCAUAUAUUUAAGGCUGGCAACGACGACGACUGGCGUGAAGGCUUGCCCAUUUACAAAGACUUGGGUAAGCUUUUGAAGACAGACACCUCGAAAGAGCGUGACUCUAGUGGACUUGUGGGUGAGGAGGCAUACCGUGACGAUUUGAAGAGUUGGAGUGUCUCAUGGGCGUAA